CCCAGAGUGCAUCUUUAGGAGGAUUCUGGGAGAGUGGCGGAAGUAGCAGUCCCACCGGGAAGGGACGAGAGAAACCUUUUGAACUUGAACGUUUGGAACUUCUAGGGUUUGGCAGACCUUUGGGAUAGAAGGCAUCUCAGAAAGAACUCAGAACCCAACAAUGUCUCUGUAUUGUGGAACAUUUUUCAGGAGGAAAUCUUUUUGGUGCUAUAGGCUGCUGUCAACCUAUGUCACUAAGACACGAUAUUUAUUUGAACUGAAGGAAGAUGAUGAGGCCUGCAGGAGAGCUCAGCAGACAGGAGCGUUUUACCUCUUUCAUGACCUGGAUCCUUUGCUACAGGCAUCAGGACACCGAUACCUGGUCCCCCGGCUUAGCCGAGCAGAGUUGGAAGGGCUGCUGGGUAAGUUUGGACAAGAUUCACAAAGAAUAGAAGAUUCAGUGCUGAUUGGAUGCUCCAGCCAGCGGGAAGCGUGGUUUGCUUUAGAUCUAGGUCUGAGUGGUACCUCCUUCAUUGGCGCCUCCUUGCCAAAAUCUGAAAUGGAGGCAGAGCUCAGAGGUUCUUUCAUCAAGCUGAGGCAGGCUGUUUUCCAGCUGGACUCCAUGGAUUCCUCCUUGCUGUUCACGGCUCAGGCUCUUCUCCGCUGGCAUGAUGGUCACCAGUUCUGCAGCAAAAGUGGGCGGCCCACCAAGAAGAACAUGGCAGGCAGCAAGCGAGUGUGCCCUUCUAAUAAGAUCAUCUACUACCCACAGAUGGCCCCUGUGGUGAUCACACUGGUGUCAGAUGGGGCCCGGUGCCUGCUCGCCCGCCAAAGCUCCUUUCCCAAGGGAUUGUAUUCUGCCCUGGCAGGAUUCUGUGAUAUAGGUGAAAAUGUGGAAGAGGCUGUCCAGCGAGAAGUUGCAGAAGAAGUGGGCCUGGAAGUGGAAAACAUACAGUACUUCGAGUCCCAGCACUGGCCCUUUCCCAAUAGCUCACUCAUGAUUGCUUGUCAUGCAACCGUGAAACCAGGGCAUACAGAGAUCCGGGUAAACGUGAGAGAACUAGAGGCAGCUGCCUGGUUUGGUCUUGAUGAGGUGGCUGCAGCUCUGAGGAGAAAGGGCUCUUUUACUCAGCAGCAGAGUGAGGCUUCCCCGCUGUUGCUGCCUCCCAAGUUAGCUAUUGCCCACCACAUGAUUAAGAAGUGGGUGGAGAAGCAGAACUGCUCUUCCAUGGCUGCUUAGCUCAAAUCAAGCUGUCUAGAUCCCUCCUGGACAUCUGGUAUGCUGAAGGGUAUACCAGAGAUCUACUGCAAAGUGAAGGUGACAUCGCCAGCUCCAGGACAGCCUCCCAAGGCAGAGGUGCUCUGAGAACUUUCCACUGCCAAAAGAGGUUCCUACUGACAGCCAAAACUAUCAGUGUAAACUGGAUUGACCUCGCUGCCAUGGAGGCUGAGGCAAGAGUAUCACUUUUGCCCAGGACAACCUGGGUAACACAUAGAUACUUGGUCUCUUAAAAACAAAACAAAAACCAAGGAUUUCAGUUGGUUGAUAAGACACUACAAUGAAAAGCUGAGGGGAGGGUACUGAUUUGUUAGGGUGUGAGCCAUUUUCUCCAAGGCUAUAGGAGCAAACAUCUAGUAGUGGCUCGUUGAUGUUGCAUUUACAGGAACUGCCAAACGUGCCCAGGGUGCUUAUCUUAAGUAUCAAAAUUAUUAACAGUUCUCAGCUCAUAUCUGAGUUGCUUCUGUCCUCAUAGAAGAAUAACAUAGUAUAUGUUUUUUUAAUUUGUGUAUAGGUAUAGUCUUUGUUAAGUUUUAUUACUUGUGUGUUUGCCUGCACUUAUGUCUCUGCACGCCUACUUCCUGUGGAGGCCAGAAGAUGCUCUGAAACUGGAGAAUGUGGAGAGCUGCCAUGUGGGUGCUGGGAACAGAACCUGAGUCCUCUUGAUGAGCAGCCACAGAGCCACCUUUUCCAGCCUCUUUGGAUAUAUUCCUAUAUGUAGUGGUUAAAUAAAAGUUUACUUUUUGGUAGUUGUUGCUGCCAGUUGAACCCAGGACUUCACACUUGGUAGGCACAUGCUCUACCGUGGAGGCAUAUCCUCGGCCCAAAAGUUAUGGUUUUGUUUUUAAGCUCCAAAAAGAUGAGGAAAGUGGGAGCAAAGGUCUUCCUCAGAGUAUUCAGCAGGCAACCAGAGGUGGUGGGUUUUGUUUGUUUGUUUUUUAAAGUAGCUAAAUCCCAGAAGGGCACAAGAUGAUUGAAGACUAUGUUGCCUUCCCAGCCUUCACAUGCUCAGUUUGUAACCCAGAGAAAAGACUAAACAUAAAACAGUACUGGGAUGUGCACACCCAGAGAGCGUUGCUUCAAUUAGAGAUUAGUGAGGAUAAGCAAGCUCCAAGCCUGAAGCUCCUGAGUCAGGAUUCCUUCCCAUAGAUAUGACCCUGACCCCCAACCCAUGGUGCUAGAGACUGGACUCAGGACCUUGUGCAUCUAGGCAAGCCUGUCACUGACCUGUAACCCAGCUCCUCUGUGUCACCUGCAUCUUGCCGCUGUAAGGGAGAUGCUUUGGAGGAAAUAAAUUUUCAUGCCUUUAUUCAGACUUUUUUUUUCUGUUCUAUGAGAAUGGGGUGGGGAUGGGAAAAAAUCUGUGUGACAGUAAAAUGUUUUAUUAAAAUUUUUUAUAUAUUAA